AUGAAAUCGGCAACAGCUCAGGGAGCUAUAGCAGUUGCUAAGCUGAAGGCUAAAAAAAGGCAACUUUGUGUAUGGUUGUGGUUUCGGGAAAACAGGGAGCCUUUUUACGAGGCCGGGUUUGGCUUCUCUGUUUUGGCAUCGGAGCAGAAACUUUAUGGUGGUGGUGUUGAUAUUUUUAGCAACGAUUUAGAAUAUAGCAAUUAUUGGAGUGAAGGUGUUUGCUUGAAGAUUAAUUUCAAGGAAGAGCAGUUUGGUACCAUAAUAGAUGUUGCAGCUGGUCGACGACAUUUUCUGGUUGCAUCCAAAAAAGCAGUUUAUGCAUUUGGUGACAAUGCUCAUGGACAGUGUGGACAAGAUCCAGAAAAUGUGCCCUUUGUGAGACUAGAAAAUAAGCCAUUCCAAAAAAUUACGGUUCCUUCGGAUUCAGAAAUUGCUCAAAUACAUUGUACACUGGAUACAUCAUUCAUCGUUCUGGAUUCUGGUGAGGUGUUUUCGUUCGGAUUAGGUACAGAUGGGCAAUUGGGACGCGGAAUAUGCGGUUGUGAUUGGCGUUGUUUACCAGUUGAAGGUGAUUUGAAGGGAAUGAAGGUAGCUACUUUAAAAGGGAGCACGGAUACUUUGAUGGCGGUGACAAAGAGCGGUGAAUUAUUUAUGUGGGGACAGAACGAAUACGAACAAAUGUAUCCAUUUGUCAGGGACAUUCAAAGUGGUUACCCUCAUGAAAUUCGUCUUUCCACGGGAAAAAUUGCAGCAGCAGAUUCUACGGCAACUUCUUGUAUAGCAUUAAGUAGCAAUGAUCAAGUUUAUGUUUGGGGUUUCGGAAUCCUCGGUAUGGGACCCAAUGUUACAUCAUUACGACGACCGGCGCUCCUGGAAAGUAAUCUUUUCAGUGGUGGUCCUAAUGAUUCGGGUAAAGUCAAGAAAGUUUUCGCUGGUAAUUCUUCGAUGUUUGCUAUUUCGAGAAUGGAUAAUCUGUUUUCUUGGGGUCUUAACAGGUUCUCUCAUUUGGGUCUUUCACAUGACAGAAACCAACAUUUUCCAUUUCAAGUCGAUAUAUUAAAGAAGCCAUUAGAUGUCGCAGUUGCACCUGAUCAUGUGUUGUUCCUGAUGGGUUGA